AUGGAGAAAGAUGAAGGCCAGGAUUACCUGAGGUCAUUAUUGAACAAGGACAUUCGGAUAUUGAUAACGGAUGGACGUAUCUUCCGAGGAGCCUUCAAGUGCACAGAUCAGCAUCAAAAUGUCGUUCUUGCUCAGACCUUCGAGUACCGGCAGCCCUCCGCACAGCAGCGCGAGGCAGCGGCGGCGGCAGCAGAGGCAGCGGGCCGCCCUCCUGCAACCCUUAUGAUGGAUCUGACGUCAAGAUAUCUUGGUCUGGUCGUCGUUCCUGGACACCACAUCAUCAAAAUGGAAUUGGAGCAAUUUGCCAGUCAAGUUCGAAAUGCUCCAGCUAUUAUUUGA